AAUAACAACAUGAACUGGAAUGCACCAAAUGGUAAUCCUAAUAAUUGGAAUAAUCAGCAGAGAGAGAAUGAGAGCAGGCACUCUGGACACCGUGGUGCUUUUAGUGCUGGCGACUCAGGCAGAAAGUCAUGGAAGCCACGCUCUGGUGCCGAUGGGGGGUCAUGGGGGACAUAGAGCAGUCUGCUAUACAUUUCUUGAACGCGGGGACUGCUUUAAAGUUGACUGCAAAUUCGCCCAUUCAACAAACACAGAGGGAUAUCCAUGCAUCCAGGAUCCGGGCAACGAGAGGCGAUAUGAGAAUCACAAUGAGAGAAACGAUCGACAGUUUGAUAGGCAGCCUUCGGAUAAUGAAAGGCAUCAUGUUAGGCCUGGUGGCAGGGAUGACGAUAGGCAGGCUGAUAGGUCUCAGUCAAGAGAGCCGCGUUAGAACUGGUUUCUGUUUCGUACCUUCCCUUUGUUGUAUGUGCAGUAGCAAACUAGCAUAAUAGCUUCCGUGCAUGUUUUGAACUUUAUGCC